UAAAAGCGUCAAAAGAAGCUCUCGUGUAGUUUACUGCCAAAGCCAAAGUGCGCACACACGCACCAAAGUGCGCCUGUGCUGGGAGGGAUGACUGAACAUGACACAGUCCGUCCUCACCGAGUCUCACACUGAGUCCUCGGAGCUCUGAGUUCGGAUGCAGGGACCACACUGACCCUCCUGACUGGAUUUAGGGGGACAGAAUGCGGAGUCCCGAGCUGCCGGUGCGGCUGAGUUGAGUCGUGGUUGUGCAGCAGUGAGCGGGUUUACGGAUCAACGCAGAGAAUAAUGCCCGGAGUUACCGAGUCCGUGUGCAGAUCUUCUGACUGGGAAACUUGUUUGUCGGUUGUUUUGAUCUGAGGCAAGAUGCACCUUUUUCGGAGUCACAAUUACCAAGUGUUCCCGGACCGCUACUCAGGGGAAACGCCGACCAUACGGGGCAUCAGCUGGACUCCGCUGCCAGAGGCCCUGAAUUCAAAGGACACGAUGAAGCAGUUUCUUUCAGAUCGUGUUGUGAAGGCAGCAAGAUCGGUAUAUAGCGUCAUGAUCGAGAGGAACCCUGGUCUGAUCCGAGAUAGAAAGUAUCACCUCAAAACAUACAGACAAUGUUGCUCUGGUAAGGAUCUCGUUGACUGGCUGAUGAAACAAAACGAAUGUCUCCAAUCCAGAAGUCAGGCAGUUGGAAUGUGGCAGGUUUUGGUGGAUGAAGGAAUCCUUGUUCAUGUGAAACACGAGCUGAACUUCCUUGACAAGGACACCCAGUUCUACCGCUUCCAGGACUCUGAGUUUGGCCUGAACCACAUAACAAACGAGAGGGAGUCGGAGGACGAGCUCCAGGAGGGUUUGUCUCUGCUGUCUCAGCUCGGUCCAGAUGCUCUGCUCACAAUGAUUCUGCGCAAAGGCCCAAGUCAGAGGAGUGCUGAGGACCUGGAGGUCAUCUACGAGGAGCUGCUCCAUGUCAAGGCUGCUGCUCACCUCUCCACUUCUGUACGCAAGGAGCUGGCAGCAGUGCUGGUCUUUGAAUCACAUGCCAAGGCCGGAACAGUCUUGUUCAGUCAGGGAGAUAAGGGCACCUCCUGGUACAUCAUCUGGAAAGGCUCUGUAAAUGUGAUUACACAUGGAAAGGGCCUGGUAACAACACUACAUGAGGGUGAGGACUUUGGGCAGCUAGCUUUGCUGAAUGAUGCACCCCGGGCUGCCACCAUCAUCUUGAGGGAGGACAACUGCCAUUUCCUCCGUGUUGAUAAACAGGACUUCAUACGGAUCCUCAAGGAUGUGGAGGCUAAUACAGUGCGACUGGAGGAGCAUGGGAAGACUGUGCUGGUGCUGGAGAAGAGCGCAGACUCGGCUGGGCAAGGAGGAGCAGGAAACAACAGCAAGUACACAGUUAUGUCUGGAACACCUGAGAAAAUCCUGGAACACCUACUGGAAACAAUAAAGCUGGACUCAAAUGGAAACGAUGCAAUAGAUCCCUGUGUGAGUGACUUCCUGCUCACCCACAAAGUCUUCAUGCCCUCCAGUCAGCUGUGUCCUGCACUACAGCAGCAUUACCAGGCAGAGCUCUCUGAGGGUUCAGAGCAGGAGAAGGCUGCCUAUAUCCUCAACAUCAAGCAGAAAGUAGUGAAGCUGAUUGGUCAGUGGGUGGCACUGUUUGGCCUUCUUCUGAAGGAGGACUCUAUUGCUUUGGACUUUUUGGAGAGGCUAAAGAAGGAGGUGGCAGCUGAUUACCGUCUGUCCAGCAUGCUGAAAGAACAAUUCAGGGAAAGGAGGAGAACAAAAGUGUUGGAGAAUGGGUAUCAGUCAAUGAGCAGGAACCAGCCGUUUGAUUGGUUUGCAAACUGUGAGGAGCCAGUGGGGAGGUUACAGCCAAUCAGAGCGCAGGAUAAAGUGCUGUAUGAGAUCUACAGACCAGACAACAAACCCCUCACCCUGAUGCUCCCAGUGAACACAUCUGUACAAGAUGUAAUGGCAGCAAUUGUCAAACCUGGUGGUGAUCACGUCCUGGUCAAAAUGAACUCCACAGGAGAAAGAGCUCAGUUAAAGCUGGAUGCUGCUGCAGUCUACACCGCUCUGGGACUCAACGAGAGGCUGUUCAUCUGCACAAGCAGCCAAGUGGAACAACUGGUGCCGCUGAAGGAGCAGCAGGGCCCAGAGCGAGGAACAACUGACAUCCUCGAGCAGAUGAGCUCCAAAGACAUUGCCAAUGAACUCACUAAUUAUGACUGGGAACUGUUCACUGCCAUGCAUGAGGUGGAGCUGGUCUACUACAUAUUCGGGCGUCAUAAAUUCCCAGGUGCGAUCACAGCCAACCUGGAGCGGUUUGUGCGUCGCUUCAAUGAGGUGCAGUACUGGGUGGUGACUGAGCUGUGUCUCUGUGAAGACCUUGUGAAACGGGCCAUUCUGCUCAAGAAGUUCAUCAAGAUUGCUUCAGUAUUAAAGGAGCAGAAGAAUCUCAACUCAUUUUUCGCUGUGAUGUUUGGGUUAAGCAACAGUGCAGUGCAGAGGCUUUACAAGACCUGGGAGAGAAUACCCAGCAAGACAAAAAGAAUUUACUGUGCUUAUGAGAGAUUGAUGGAUCCCUCACGCAACCACAGGGCCUACAGAUUGGCUGUGGCUAAACUGGGUCCUCCUUACAUCCCCUUCAUGCCACUGCUGCUUAAAGACAUGACGUUCAUCCAUGAGGGAAACCCAAACUAUGUAGACAAACUGGUCAAUUUUGAGAAGAUGCGAAUGCUUGCGAAGACGGUGAAAAUUGUACGAGGAUGCAGAAGCCAACCAUAUGUGCCUUCAUCUCCACAGAGGGGUCUGGCUGAUCGGAUGUUUCUGGAAGGGCCUGCUACUCGCAUAUCUACAUACUCAGACCACGCUCUCCCUCUGCGGACUCCCAGCAACAUCCGACACUACAUUCAAAACCUGAAGGUGAUGGACAACCAGCGCAAGCUAACGCAGCUAUCAAGAACAAUUGAAUGCUAGGACAUCGACCUGCAACUGUACAAAGACUGCAAAACUGUAGCAACAUUUGAAACAGAAGAUGGACUGUAGCUGGAUGAACAAAAUUUCCACUCUCGCAUGAACAAGAUGGGCUUCUGGAGGUGAUGAAUGUCAUGGAAAUUUACUGUUAUUGAAGGAGCUUGAACAUUCGCAGAGAUGCUUUCUGCACCGCACAGCGCCGUGAGUGAAGAUGUGCAGUGUGCACAGUAAUGACCUCCAGUGCUGAUCCAGAGAAUUUGCUUCUGUGUCUAUGGGACUUGUUGGACAAUUUUUAUAUAACAAGCCUUACGUCACACUGGUGUGAAAACAUUCAUAGAGAUCCCCUUAAAAAGGCAAUGUUACAACAUGUACAGCAUCUCACUUUAAUGUCAAAAUUCAUCAUAUACAAGGUUCAUUCAUCUCAAACCAGCAGAUCUUUAGAACAAUUGCUGCUCGACCGCCUUUGAUUUAUAAAAGUGCUUGUAAAAUUUUUGCCCGAUGUAGCAAAACAUUUUCCAAAAUAUAUUUUUUUGAUUGUCUAUUGACCCACUUUCAGCAAUUUUUAGGUAUUCCUCAUCAUGCCACUGAUGCAGAAAUUAAGUACAUCAGAUAUGGAAAAUAUUGAAACCCUCAUGAGAAUUCCAUCUAUGAGCAAAUAUUCCCAUAAAAACAAUCAUGCAGAAGUCAACUCGUGGUAUCUUCUUAAUCAGAUGUAGCUGCAUUUGGCAGUAAUAUAAAACAAAACAUAUUGAAAUUUUUUAAUAUGAAAUACUUGGUCUCAAAAGCAAAGUUAUUUUCUUUUAACUUUCAUAACCUAUUGAGCAGGUUAGGCAAGUUGUACCACAAAACACAAAUGUGUUUUUAGAUAUACAUAGAACAGACUUUAGGAGUUUUAAUUUGGUUCUUCAAAUACAAGUAAGAAAAUCAUUUUUGAAUACGUGCAUAUAGCGUCAUUUUCAGUCACUUUGAACAUCACAUAUUUAGCUCAAUUAAUUGUUGCUUAGUAUUAAACUUGCUCAAGGUGGGUCAAUGGGCAAUUUAAAGAAAACCGUAUUUUGGAAAGUACUUGAUAUAUCAAUCAGAAAUUUCACAGAUACCAUUUUAAGUUAUGUUAAGUUAUAUUUCCAUAGUUUGUGAUUUAAAAAUGCUUCAAGCAAAUCACAGACGGUCAAGCAGAAGAACUCUGAUGAUUUGAGAUGAAAUGACCCAUUACAUAUCCUAUACUCCUGUCUGUAGAAGAAUCACAACAGUGGUUCCACAAAAGGGCCAUAAGAACACAUACUACACAUCUGUAUCACAACUUAUCACUUUAGGUCAGUUUUUUGUGCACGAGUGUUUCACAUUAAAACUAAUGUAUUAUAUCAGAUCAUUUUUGGCAGCAAGGCCACUAACUGACAUGCAUAUAAUUUCAUACAACGUUUUUUUCUAAAUAAAUUAUUUUCCCAGUUA